UGACCGCGCCAGCGGAGUGCGCAGCUCGGAACCGCGCAGCCACAGUGUGCACAUGCUGGCGGAGGACUGGGGAGUCUCCGCGCCCACCAGGCCCGUCAACGAGGACGCUUCUGCGGCCGGGGAUCUGCGCUCAGCCCGCAGCGCGGAGACGCUUCUUCGUGGACGUUUUCUGCCGUUCCGGGGACACGGAGUUCCUCGCGGCGUGCUCACGGCGAGCGCACGCACCCCCCCACCCGCACCCCCCCAGGUGAUGGAGGUGAUGGAUGAGGUUUCUGGCACCCGCCUGUCCCCCGGCAAGGCCCCGCGGAGCCUGGUGCAGUGGAGAAGGAGAGUUAAGUCUGAGUACAUGAGACUGCGUCAGUUAAAACGCUUCCGCAAGGCUGAGGAGGUGAAGGCGCUGUUCCUGUCUAAUAGGCGUAAGAUUGAGGGGAGGACGGAGCUACUGAACAAGGAGUGGUCCAAACUCCGAAUCCAGACCAUUCCUUUGACCACUCCAAGUGGCUCCCUGGCCGGCAAGAAGCAGUGCACAGUGGAGUUUGGAUUUCCAUCCUUCCCCAACCAAGCAGUUGCCAUGAGACCCCUGACAACCGUUGCUGGGAUACCAUUCAUGUACUCAUGGUCCCCUUUACAGCAGAACUUCAUGGUGGAAGAUGAGACCUUCCUCCAUAACAUUCCCUAUAUGGGUGAUGAGGUUCUGGAGCAGGAUGAGGCCUUUUUGGAGGAGCUCAUUGAUAACUACGAUGGAGUCCAUGGUGACAGGGAAGGAGGCUUCAUCAGCGACGAGAUCUUUAAGGAGCUGGUGGAGGCCCUCAGCCAGUACUCCGACAAUGAGGAGGAAGACGAGGAGACCACGGAGGAGGAAGAGGAGCGGGCUCUGAGGAGGAGUGCAGGGGAGGGCUACGAGGAGAGCAAGGCGGGAUCUCAGGCCUUUAAGCGGAAACGGAAGAGAGUUACUGAGGGCGGUGAUCCGUGUGCCAGUAAGAAGAGCCCCAGCGAUAAGAUCUUCAGUGCCAUCGCAUCUAUGUUCCCUUACAAAGGCACCAUGGAGGAACUCAAGGAGAAGUAUAAGGACCUCCUGGAACCCCCCAGUGAAGCUAAGCUUCCUCCUCUCUGCACUCCCAACAUGGACGGCCCCUUCGCCAAGUCUGUGCAGCGGGAGCAAAGCCUACACUCCUUCCACACACUCUUCUGCCGACGCUGCUUCAAAUACGACUGCUUCCUCCACCCGUUCCACGCCUCCCCUAAUGUGUACAAAAGGAAGUCUAAGGAGAUUCGAAUGGAGACCGAACCCUGUGGAUUAGACUGUUUCCUGCUGCAGAAAGGAGCGAAAGAGUUUGCUGAUCAGUACAUGCUGCGGUCUCCGCGGUCACGUCGGCGACGGCGUCAGCCACGCCCCUGUAGCUCCACCGGUCCCACACCGUCGGGCUCAGUCGAGGAGAGAAAAGAUGGAGACAGUGACCAUGAAACCACCAGUUCCUCUGAAUGCAACUCUCGCUGUCCCACUCCUACCAAGCUGAGGCAGGGGGAGGAGCUCCUGGGACAGGGAGGAGCUCCUCAGCAGUGGAGCGGAGCAGAUGAGUCCCUGUUCAGAGUCUUACACGGCACCUACUACAACAACUUCUGCUCCAUCGCACGCCUUAUAGGCACCAAGACCUGCAAACAGGUGUACGAGUUUGCCGUGAAGGAGGUGCUGAUUCAUCGUGUGCCUCUGGAAGAUGGAGGGAUCUCACCACAGAAGAAGAAGAGGAAGCACAGGUUAUGGGCCAAGAUUCAGUUGAAGAAAGAUAAUUCGUCCAAUCAGGUGUACAACUACCAACCAUGUGACCAUCCAGAACACCCAUGUGACAGCUCGUGCCCUUGUGUGAUGACCCAGAACUUCUGUGAGAAAUUCUGCCAGUGUGAUCAAGAGUGUCAGAACCGCUUCCCGGGAUGCCGUUGCAAGACGCAGUGUAACACCAAGCAGUGUCCGUGCUACCUGGCUGUGCGCGAGUGCGACCCUGAUCUCUGCCUGACCUGCGGGGCCUCGGACCGCUGGGACAACAAGCAGGUUUCCUGCAAGAACUGCAGCAUCCAGAGGGGACUCAAGAAGCACCUGCUCCUCGCCCCGUCAGAUGUAGCAGGGUGGGGGACCUUCAUCAAGGAGCCCGUCCAAAAGAAUGAGUUCAUCUCAGAGUACUGCGGAGAGCUUAUAUCUCAGGAUGAAGCAGACAGAAGAGGCAGGAUCUAUGACAAGUAUAUGUCGAGCUUCCUGUUCAAUCUGAACAACGACUUUGUCGUGGAUGCCACACGAAAAGGGAACAAGAUUCGCUUUGCCAACCACUCCGUAAAUCCCAACUGUUACGCAAAGGUUGUCAUGGUGAAUGGGGACCACCGAAUCGGAAUCUUUGCCAAGCGGGCGAUACAGCAGGGGGAGGAGCUCUUCUUUGAUUACAGUUCCCUUCUAGGUACAGCCAGGCUGACGCCCUGAAGUACGUGGGCAUCGAGAGAGAGAUCGACGUCGUCUGAGUUCUUACUACUACCACCUUGUAAUGCUGUUACUGCUGCCUACAACGCAUCUCUCCUCACUCAGGACUGUGGUUCCAAUGUGGGCGUAUGGGUCUGCCUCCGCUUGAAGGAAGGGGUUCUGUGAUGUCGUAACAUUCCUUUAUGAUAUCCCAGAACACCAUAUGAUGAAUUAAAGGGUCACAAGCGCUUUCUCUGUUUAGAACUUGAGGUCCAUCACAUUGUCUGAACUAGCAUGUUUCUUGAAAUGGAUCAGUAAUUAUUAGGAGUUUAAUAUUAGAGUGUUUGUACCUCAUGCCAAGUUGCACUAUGUUGCAAAGAAGGUUGGAGAUUGUUCUGAAAUAAUAACCUCAGAUAGCUGCGUUCUAGUUAGUACUGUUCUUUUACUUGAUAAAAUAUUUUGGAAGGAUAAACGAUGUUAGUUCAGACCAUUUGGAUCUCAGGGAGUUCUUCAGUUUCUCAGCGUCUUCACAUUGUGGUAGACUCUUUACAUAAACUUAAAACCGUAUACAGUUACAUCAUCCUUGUAUAUUCAUCAUACUGUGUAGUUGCAAAUUUAGACUCGCACCUAGUCAGCAUUAGUGGUGUUUUUGGUCAGUUUUCUUUGACCCACCAGGCACCUGGGGUCAUCUUACUCAGAGUAGUCAGGUUACAUUUGCGUUGGUAGCAUUUCAGUCUUUAUUUCCUGCUGAACACACUUAUCUUUCAGCGGCAGUAUAUCAUGGUGUUGGCCUCUUCCUGUAAUCUGCGAUGCUCUGCUACCUUCCAAGCUUGUCUGUUACCUUGCCUGCCUCUGCAUUUUAGUUCACCUUGUCCAGGCUGAUCAGUGUCCUUUCGAUAUAAUAGUCUCAUACUGACUAAAAUAAUAUUUAAUCUGGAUCCUCAUCCAUUCAGCUCAGAUGCCACUAAUGAUGGUAUGUAGCUAGUGCUGUGCUAGCUCGAGGGUGUCCGUCAUGUCUGCUUAAAUUAGGGAAUAUGUCCAUUGGCAACACACUGCAACACGGAACAUGGGAAGUAACCAUAAAACCGACAGGCUGAAUGUGAACAUUGUGCUAAAAAGGCUUUGAAGAAAAAAUGAGAUUUUAUCUUGAAGCUUCUUUUUUUUUAGUUGACAAAGUGGGCUGUCAUCUGUCAUUUUUAUAUCUAAAAAAGAUAAGCUAAGCCAAACUGAGGUCACCAUAGUGACUAAAAACAUCCUAAAGUUAGCCUGUGGGUCCUUUACAGGCUUGAGAAGGCCUGUUAAACACAUUUAGCCUUUUUCUAGCUUCUAGAAUAUUCCAGAAAGCAUGCUAAUACGGUAAUGUGGCGAUAUUGUCUUGGACGAAACCCUUCUCAUUCUGCAGUGUUCUGUAAGAAGGUAGGCAGUUAUUUUAAGACUUUUAAUGCAGCCUGCAAUUAAUAUUAACAGUUUAUGAUAAUUACAAUAUUAAUUUAUUGCUAUUAACCACCCUUCAACAUUUUUACUCUAUGCAUUUUACAAAAUGAGCAUCAUAGUUCUUUAUACUAAUUAGUUCUGUUAUGUUUACCUCCUUUUGACCGAUUGUAACGGAAUUUGCUUCCUCAAAUCUUCCCUGAAGUGACAUCACGUAUUUCUGUUUUUAACAGGGAGCUUUGAAACAAGCCUUUCCGUUGUUGUUGUCGUGUUGUAAUGCCUUCUGAUGUCAAACACCACACUGUGACACAUGAAAUAAGCUCACAUGUGCAUCCUAACUCACGAGAGCUACUGAUCUAUAUUCAUUUCAUGAUCAUAAGAGCUUCAGAAAACCAUUUCCUGAUCACGAUGAGAUCUUAUUUCAGCUCCUGAAUCAUAGACCUUAACCAAGUUAACAUCCCUCCUAAUCUUUUUAAAGGUUUAAUACAGCAAGGUCUUAUGGCCAGUUCUUCAGAAAUACACGAGUGACUUCUUGGAAAUGGCCCUCUUAUUUGUGAUGUUUGCCUCUGGCUCUGAAUUUCUCACAGAAGUCUUCCCAUUUCAAAAUGUAUGUGCCAAGUACAAUGCACUGAAUCAGAAAGUAGUAGUUUCAUAAUAAAAGCGUGAACUAUUAUCUAUAACUUAAAGAUACUGUAGAGUUUGACAUUUAAUGCAUUUCAAGUGCCCCUUUUGUUCCAUAUAGUGCAUUUUACAUUUUUACACUUUGAGUCAGUUGUUGUUGUUGUUGUUUGUCAUUAUUAUUAUUAUUAUUAUUUCUCUAAUACACACUGCCCCAGUUUCCUGAUGCUACUCAAGCCCACUUUAAGGAGAUCUCUCUCUGCAGAAGACUAAAAUGCUAUGGAAUUUAGUCAUGUAUGUAACAGAAAACAGGUAUGUGAAUGGAAAAUAAAACGAAAUUUAGACUGCA